AGGAUGUCAUAUCAGCCGCCACCAAACGGGCAAAUGCCCGGAUAUCCUCAACAGCAAUUUAACCAACAGCCGCAGUUUCAGUCAAACGGAUUUCCCCCUCCAGCAGCGCCGCAAAAGCCAGCUCAAGUCCCAGGUGGAUUUCCUCCACCCCAUCAGCAACCAAAUGGACAGUAUCAAAAUGGAGGCUUAAAUGGAAAUUCGUCUCACUUGGCACAAUCUGUGAAUAAUAUGUCUAUUGGAGCUAGAUCAACUCCGUCAGCACAACCCCCAAAUCCGUACCAGCCAGCAGGAUAUCCCGGAGCUCCACCACAGCAAUUGCAACAAGUACAGAGACAGCAAACUCCUCAACAGUUCGCCGCUGUACCUCAAAGUGUUCAAGCUCCUAGUGCCACACCUGCAGGUCCACUUCAAGCAAUGCAACAAGCGCCUGCUCCGACUCCGGGAAUUCCGCAAAUGAACCAAGGAGCUCAUCUGCCGCCACAACCACAUCAGAUCCAUCAACCCACUCCGCUUCGACCACAAAUCCCUGGUUUUCCACAGGCAGGCGGCUCUCCAAGUUCGUUCCAAGCUGGAGCACCCACUUCACAAAAUGUUCAAGGCUACCCAGGUGGACCAUCUUCUGCUCCUAGCGCUUACCCAGGUGCUCCACAAGUGCCUCAAGCGCCCAAUUCGUUCAUCCCACCUGGCACAGGAGGAUUUCCACCAGGACAACCCACAGCGGGCUCGUUUCCACCCGGUCCACAAGUUCCAGGAUCAUAUCCCUCUGGCCCAGCAGAUAUUCCACAAGGCCCAGGCAUGCCAAGAGCAUUUCCUCCGGGAGCCUCAGCUCCAGUUGCACCAGGGAUGCCAGGAGCAUUCCCUCCAGGACAAGGAGGACCAGGAAUGCCGGGAUCAUUUCCCCCGGGAGCCCCAGGCCCAGGAGGACCAGGAAUGCCAGGAUCAUUCGCUCCAGGAGCUCCAGGCCCAGGAGGUCCCGGCGGAUAUCCCUCAGGAGGUCCAGGUAUGCCGGGAAUGCAAGGUGGAUACCCCGGCGGCCCACCACAGCAACGACAACAACGUCUUGAUCCUAAUAUGAUGCCAAGUGCUGUUCAAGUUAUUGAUGAUGAUUCGUCGACUCGUAGCGGGAUCUUCCCAACUGGAUAUCCGAACGCUGAAUUGCCGCCACUUGUUUCUACAAAUUCUUUCGCUCAAGAUCAAGGAAACUGCAACCCCAAAUUUAUGAGAUCAACCCUCUACACAGCUCCACAGACUAAUGACAUUUUGAAAGCAUCGCAGAUUCCGCUCGCCGUUGUCAUUUCGCCAUUCGCAUCUCUGACUGAAUAUGAGAAAGAACCACCAGUCGUCGAUCUGGGACCACAAGGACCGAUUCGUUGCCAGCGUUGUAAGGCAUACAUUUGUCCGUUUAUGGAAUUCCAAGAUGGUGGACGCUCCUUCCGUUGUCCAUUUUGCCAUGCUCGAACUUCUGUCGAAGAUGCUUAUUUCGCCCAUCUCGAUCAUACAGGCAGAAGAACUGAUAUUGAAAUGCGUCCAGAACUCUGUCUUGGAGCGUAUGAUCUCGUAGCUACAAAACAAUACUGCAAGAAUGGAAUCGCGCCAAAAGAACCGGCCUUCAUAUUUAUGAUUGAUGUAUCCUACAAUGCUAUUUCAAACGGAAUGCUUCCAAUUCUUUGUCAAAAUCUGGAGAAAGUACUUCGAAAUUUGCCAAGAGAAUCUGGACAGCUCGAGUCGUCUAUGCGUAUAGGAUUGGCUACAUUCGAUCAGGCGGUUCAUUUCUUUGACAUUUCGUCGGCAUCUCCAAAAAUGCUCGUAAUGUCUGAUGUUCAAGAGCCAUUUGUUCCUAUGGUCGAUGGACUUCUUCUCCCUUACAACGAGGCACUUCCUGGACUUCGUGCCGCAUUGGCUGAAAUUCCUAAACUCUUUUCGCAGUCGAAAACCACCGAAACCAUUCUUCAACCCGUCGUACAAGCCGGUCUUGACGCUUUGAAGUGUGCCGACAGAGCAGGAAAAGUGAUUCUGUUUUCAACUGUUCUACCAACAUAUGAUGCACCGGGAAAGCUGAAAUCCAAAAAUGAUCGAUCUCUUCUCGGGACAGAUAAAGAAAAGAAUGCACUGGUUCCACAAGAAGAUUCAUACACGAAGUUGGGAGAGCAAUGUGUCAAGUCAGGAGUUACUGUCGAUUUAUUCCUCUUCCCAAAUGCUUUCAUUGAUGUUGCCACAAUUGGUCAGCUUUCUGCAGUUACGGGAGGAUCUAUUUUCAAAUUUCAGUAUUUCUCGGCCGAUAAAGACGGUGUUCGCAUGUUGAAUGAGUUGGAACGACACGUUUCUAAGAAAAUUGCAUUCGACUGCAUGGCAAGAGUAAGAACGUCUACAGGAAUUCGUCCUAUCACUUUUACUGGCUCCUUUUACAUGGAAAACUCAACGGAUUUGGAAUUGGCUACAUUGGAUGAAAGCAAAGCAUUCAUCACAGAAAUCAAACAUGAUGAUAGUCUGAAAGAUCCAGCUUCCUUCAUUCAAACCGCUGUACUGUAUACGUCGAUGACUGGACAGCGCCGUUUGCGAAUUUUGAACUUAUGCCUUCCAGUUACUGCUGAUUACAACCAAGUUUACCGACUUGCUGAUCCGGAAGCAUUGACAGCAUUCAUGUUGAAGCAAGCUGUUCAAUUGAAUCGUGACAAGGGAAGCUCAGAAAUGAGAGAAUCACUUUCUUCUCGUUGUGCACAAUUCCUAGCGACCUAUCGAGAGAAGUGUAGUGAAGGUGCCCCACUUGGACAACUGAUUCUUCCUGAAUCUCUGAAAUUGAUGCCGCUCUAUGUGAACUCUAUUUUGAAAAAUGAUGCGAUCAGUGGAGGAAGUGAAAUGACAGUCGACGACAAAGUGUGGCAGAUGGAAUUGAUCCGUGGGCUACGAACUGAAAAUGUCAUGCCUCUUAUUUAUCCAAGAGUUAUGCCAAUCUCUGAUCUACAAAUCAAUGAUACUGAAGAAAUGAAGGAUCUUCCAAAACCUGUUAGAGCGAGUUCUGAGUUCCUGGAAAAUUCGAAAGCCUAUAUUAUUGAUAACGGUGUUAUUCUGUUUGUCUGGGUUGGCUCUGCAUGCCCCCAGACAUGGGUUCAAGACGUGUUUGGUGUUGGUGCUACAAAUCAAAUUGAUACCGAGAGUGGAACAAUUCCGGAAAAAGACAAUGGUCAUUCACGUGCUCUUCGUCGUGCAAUUCAACUUUUGCCACGUGGGAUCCGAGAGCGAAAAACGUUCGUUGUCGUGGAAAAAAGCGGCCUUGAGCCAUGGAUGAAGAAAUUUUUAGUGGAAGACAAGGCUGGUCCUGCUAAUAUGUCAUACGUUGAUUACCUUGUGGAUAUCCAUCGCAAAAUCCGCGAUCUCAUUUCCUAAGUCGUUGAUACUGUGAUAGAAUUGCUUCUCUUGAUUGUUCCCUUUGUUCUUCCUUCAUAUUAUUUUGAUCACGCCAAAGCAAAUCUUGUGAUUAGAAAUGUUGGAAGAAUUAAUAUUUUGUACCGGUUUCUUUGUACACAUUCAUUUCCUUCCCUCUCGCCGUACUAUUUUCUUUUAAUAUUAUGGAGCAUGGUUUGUAAAAAUUAAGAUAUUAGCUUUCCUAGCACCUUAUCAGUGCAAAAAUAGAAUUUGUUUUAUCUGCUUUUUCCCAGAUUCCUAAUUUAUUCUUUUCCAGUUGCUCUCGCGACUUUUAGAGAUUUCUAUUUAUUGUUCCUUUUUUUGUAAAAUAUCCCCUAUUACCCCGUCCAUAUAAUUUAUUGUGAUUUGAAAUGGGAUCGAAUGUGUUUAAUUUGAUGGUGUCUUAUGAAAAUAAAAUGUUUUUGAUU